AUGGAGAUCAUCAAGCCGAAGAAGAAUGCCGUACUGGACGUGGUGGACAACGUCGACGAUACUGAUGGGUAUUAUCGAAUCACCCCAGGUGAAAUCCUGGACGACGGGCGGUAUCAAGUCACUAUCACUCUUGGAAAGGGAAUGUUCUCGGCAGUGGUCAAAGCCAAGGUGCUUAAAGCUGUAGGUCAGGAGAGGCGGCAAGAUGUCGUCGGUCGAGAAGUCGCCAUCAAAGUCAUCCGAUCGCAGGAAGCCAUGUACUCUGUUGGUCGCAAAGAAGUUGCGAUACUCAAACAGCUCAACGAUGCCGAUCCAGAUGACAAGAAGCACAUCGUUCGUUUGGAGCACGUCUUUGACCAUCGAGGGCACAUGUGUCUAGUCACAGAGAGUAUGAGUAUGAAUCUUCGAGACGUGAUCAAGCGCUUUGGCAAAGAUGUUGGUUUGAACAUGCGGGCUGUACGGGCAUACGCCCAUCAGCUCUUCUUAUCCUUGUCCCUGAUGAAGAAGUGCAACAUUGUCCACGCGGAUAUAAAGCCUGACAACAUCCUUGCUUCGGAGAACAAGGGCCUGCUGAAAGUCUGCGACUUUGGCUCGGCCUCGGAUGCUUCCGAAGGAGAAAUCACACCUUACCUUGUAUCUCGAUUCUACCGUGCACCAGAGAUCAUUCUUGGUCUUCCCUACGACACAGCCAUUGACAUCUGGUCCGUCGGAUGUACGCUGUAUGAACUAUAUACAGGCAAGAUCCUAUUCCCCGGCCGGUCCAAUAACCACAUGCUGCUGCUCAUGAUGGAGACCAAGGGCAAGAUCAGUCAUCGACAUAUCAAAAAGGCGACAUUUAGAGACAUGCACUUUGACGAAUCGAACGACUUUAUCAGUAUCGAGACGGACAAGAUUACUGGGCAGGCCGUCGCUAAGACCUUGGUGAUCUCGAAACCUACGCGAGAUCUACGUUCGAGAUUGGUUCCACCGUCCAGCGUUCAACUCAAGAUGAAAGAUGACGAGUUGAAGCAGUUGCUUCACUUUGUCGACCUACUUGAGAAAUGUACACAGCUGGACGCAAGCAGGCGAAUCACACCGAGGGAAGCACUGUUGCAUCCGUUCUUAGCUUCCGCGUGA